UCCCUCCCUCCCACCUCUCCUCUUCUUGGCCUCCUCCUGUGAUCCCCCUCCCUCUCCUCUCCAUCCCCCUAGGCUAGGGUUUUAGCGCCCCAUUUCCCCAUCGCCAUUUCGAUUGGAUCGCUCCCUUCCCCUCCGCCUCCGCGCGGAUCCUGCCGCCGCCCACCGGAGACGCCGCCGCCGCCGCCGCCGGAGCGGCAGGCUCAUCCCCUCUCCUCGACCUCGCUUCACAAAUCCCAUCCUUUUCGCCCUUUUUUUCCUGCGAAAGAUUGGGUUUUUUUUGGGUUCCCGAGUCCCUUUCUCGCGCUUCGUCCGUCUGUCUCCGGGUGAUUUCACCGCCUUGCUGAGAUCUCGCGGCCGCUCGAUCUGAUCUUGCCUCGUUUCUCGACAAGAAGGUUAAACUGCGGGGCUGUGCGCGCGAGGGUCGGUGGAGAAGAUCUCCAAGAUUGAUAUUCUUGCGUCCAUUUGCUUGCUCCGAUAGCUUUCGGAGGAAUCUAAUCUCGAAUAGUGAGGGAAAGUUGCCACCUUUGUGCCGCUCCCUGGCAACUAGAGGCCUGGACGGAGCAACGUGUGCUCGGGGGAGUCUGUGGCCGCUGCCCAUUCCAUGAAUGGAUGGGAGGGAGUCCACUGUGACGUCCGGCCCCAACUUCUCCUCCUUCUAUGUGCAGCACCGGGGCAUUGGGGUUCCCGGAGCAUCCAGCCACCCGGCCGGACUCCAUGCUCCGCCGCCCGGUGGUUACCGGCAGCAUCUUGAUGCGGUCUCUGCCGGGUACCCGUUCCAGCCUCCUCACAUUGGGGGUUCCCACAUUGGGCAGGGCUACCACCAUGUCGAUGCCUCGGCGCCUGUCGUGCAGCACAGCGCCGGCGGUGCCGGUGGUAGCAUGGACAUCGGCAUGGGUGUGGACAUGAGUGCUGAUACUAAGGGGGAUCAGGGGAGUGGGGCUGGACAUGAUGAGCCAGUGAAGAAGAAGCGGGGGAGGCCAAGGAAGUAUAAGCCUGAUGGGGCGGUCACACUGGGCCUCUCACCAUCUUCAUCGACACCUCACUCAUCGAGCCCCACGAUGGGCACAAUGGUAACCACACCAGGUUCAGGUUUUGGGGCGGGGACGGCGUCGGGGGGCUCAGGGUCUGGUGCCCCUACAGAGAAGCGUGGCAGAGGGCGGCCACCCGGGUCCGGAAAGAUGCAGCAGUUGGCUUCGCUUGGAAAAUGGUUUCUUGGUUCUGUUGGAACAGGUUUUACUCCUCAUGUGAUUAUUAUUUCCCCAGGAGAGGAUGUUGCUGCCAGGAUAAUGUCCUUCUCACAACAGGGUCCGAGGGCAGUGUGCAUCAUUUCAGCAACUGGAGCUGUCUCCACAGCAACCCUUCAUCAGGAUUCAAACUCUGGUGGUGUGGUUACAUAUGAGGGUCGAUUUGAAAUCUUGUGCCUUUCUGGAUCAUACUUGGUGAUAGAGGAGGGUGGUUCGCGAACCAGGAGUGGAGGCCUUUGCAUAGCUCUCUGUGGCCCUGACCACAGGGUUAUUGGUGGGAGUGUAGGUGGAGUUCUGACAGCAGCAGGAACUGUUCAGGUGAUAGUGGGAAGCUUCAUGUAUGGCGGAUCAAAGAAAAACAAAGCGAAAGCUGAGCAAGAGACUGAGAAUAACGAAGAGCCAAAUGGCGGUGACGAGGAGACUCCCACAAUGGCACUGCCAGAGCACAACAUGCCGCAUCAUACGAUGGGUGGAUGGUCUGCUGGGCUGAUGAGGCAGAUGGACUCUAGAACUUCGAACAUCGACAUCAAUUCUAUCCGCGAGUAGUGUGUAUUGCUGGAAGAGGAACACCUAUAUAUCUAUCUCUGACUGAAGAAAUUCCCCAAUCCCUGUGAGCUUACUAGGCAGCAUGCAAUGUGCUAACUUGCUGUAGGUGUAAGAGGAGGAAGAGUUGUUUGAGAGAUGUUGCUGCUGCUGCUGCAGGAGGUAUCUGUCAGUUAUGUUAGGAACUCUACAUACUAGUAGAAUAUGAUAUGAAUAUUAUGAUGGUGUACUGUGAAUCUGCAUCUGCUGUGUUGUAUGAGAAUGAAGGAUCAUUCCUACCCUAUUAUAUUAUAUAGAGAGAAGAAAAAAGAACCUGGCUAUUUAUUGAGUUGGCA